AUGCACCCCAGGAACCGGAUGUCUCGCAGCCGCACGUUCUGCGCAGCGUGUUACGAUGGUGUCCUCAUUAAAAUCCCUGAGCAUUCGUGGCGUCAACCGCUGGAGCAAUAUUGGCCAAGAGCUGAUGAAUCUCUUGUGAAUGACUAUGGUACUUUCUCUGUUGUCUUGCGAUCGGCUAUGCACACCCAUCGCCCCCGAAUGAGAACCGAGACGGCUCGUUUCACCCUUGAGACCACUAUGAUCAGCCAAUGGAUGUUGCUCAUGCGAAUCGCGAAUGUUCUGCAACAGCGUCGGAACUCAAUCCUUUACGGGCAGGUUCUGAAGAUGGGAAGUUAUGCAGGCAUCUUCCUACCUUGA